GUUGUGACCAGAAACGCCUUUUCUCAAUAUUUUCAUCUGUGGCAAGAGCACACAAAAAAGUCAGCAUGAGUACUGCAGGCAAAGUUAUCAGAUGCAGAGCAGCUGUACUCUGGAAGUCUGGUGCACCAUUUUCCAUUGAGGAGGUGGAAGUGGCCCCACCAAAGGAAAAGGAAGUUCGUAUAAAGAUCGUGGCCACAGGACUCUGUGGUACAGAGAUGAAAAUGUUGGCACGCACAGACAUUCCUGGCUUAUAUCCCAUCAUUAUGGGCCACGAAGGGGCUGGAAUAGUUGAGAGUGUGGGAGAAGGAGUGAACACAGUGAAGCCAGGUGAUAAAGUUAUCAUUCUUUUUUUACCACAAUGUGGAGAAUGUUCCUCUUGCUUGAAUUCUGGGGAGAAUUAUUGUAUAAAAUUUAAACAGUCCAAAACCUCGCUGAUGUCUGAUGGUACCAGUAGGUUUACCUGCAAGGGAAAAUCAGUUAAGCAGUUAUCUGCCACAGGCACCUUCACUGAGUACACAGUGGUAAGGGAAGACUCCAUUGCCAAGAUCGAUGCAAUUGCACCUCUGGAGAAAGUAUGCCUAAUUAGCUGUGGGUUCUCCACUGGCUUUGGUGCUGCAAUCAAUACAGCCAAGGUGACUCCAGGUUCCACCUGUGCUGUGUUUGGCCUUGGAGGGGUUGGCCUGUCUGUCAUCAUGGGCUGUAAGGCAGCUGGAGCAGCCAGGAUCAUUGGAGUGGACAUCAACAAAGACAAAUUUAAGAAGGCAGAGGAAGUGGGUGCCACUGAGUGCAUCAGCCCACAGGACUUCAAGAAACCCAUACAAGAAGUUCUAUUUGAAAUGACAGGUGCCGGUGUCGAAUUUUGCUUUGAAGUCAUUGGAAAUCCAGACACUGUGGCAGCUGCCGUGGCCUCCUGCAAUGAGAGCCAUGGGGUAUGCGUGGUUGUAGGAUAUUUGUCUACUACCGAUCAAGUCAGGAUCAACGGCAAUUUGUUCUUCUCAGGGCGUACCUUGAAGGGGUCUGUCUUUGGAGGCUGGAAGAGCAGAGAACAUGUCCCUAAACUGGUUUCUGAUUAUAUAGAAAAGAAGUUUAAUCUCGAACCACUAAUUACCCAUACUUUGAACCUUGAUAAAAUAAAUGAAGCAAGUGAGUUAAUGAAGACUGGAAAAUGUAUCCGCUGUGUCCUGUUACCUUAAGUACAACGUACUUUCUGAAAGAGCUGCAGUAUCUUUCUCCAACUGAAUUGCAUUCACUAUGAUUAUCAUGAUUAGAAGAAUUAUCAGCACAAUAUUUUAUUGUUUCUGAUUCACUCGACAGUGGUCUCAUAUCUGGAUUCUGCUCUCAGCAUAAAGGUUCAUAAAGGUUGUUUUAUGUAACCCUAUGUCACUAAGGAUCAUCCUAUCUUUUAGAACCAGAUUGUCUGGUUAAGUUAUGCAAUUGCAGACUCUUGAGACAUCAACAACUUUGUUCCAAGAUGCUCCCAUUUUCAUGGUUGCCUAAACUUUGGGGCCUAAAUUUCCUUGUACACUGCUGUACUAUACUAUGCAGGACUAGACAUGCAGUUCUUCUGAUUUUAUACCAAAGAAACAAAACUCCCAGUCGAGUUUAUUGAAAACUCAGAUUGACCUGAAUCAGGUUAACCAACUUGCAAACCAUCACCAAGGAGACUACACAUAUCUCCUCAAUUCUUACCUCUUCUCUCCUGGAUAGCCAAAGGAACUUCAAAUUCCUUUGCAACUGGCAAGAAAAAUGUAGCUCCCAGCAGUUCAUAUUACCUUGCUUCCUAACUAAGGCAUCUAGGAAUUCAGAAGAAGACAAAUGGGGAUAUGGGAUACUGUUUUAUUCAUCAAGAUCCACACUCUGUAGGAGGCAGUUGUGGCCUUAAAUAAAGCUAUGCCUCAUUCCACUCUUCACAGAAAAGGCAGAUGAUUAUAGUUGUUCUUAUUAAUGUUUACCAUAGAAUCUUACCUCCAAGAAGAGGCUCAGGGGAAAACAAGACCCAAUACUGGUUUACAAUCAGUAUCCUUCUACCCAGACCAUGUAACUUUUUGCCCAAAGUCCCUUAAUUGUCCUGGAACUUGGAUUAAGGUGAAUGGCUCUCUUAGGAAAUCCCUUCCUUCCCCAUCUCCAUUACUUUUUUAAAUUGUAGAUACAGAGAGUCUUUAAAAAACAACCUGGUGUUAACAUGGAAAUGGCAUAGAAAAUUAAUUAAUUUGAAAAAAAAAUUAUGUAGGAUCUCUGUCUUUAAUGUGCUGUACAUUGCUAUUUAAUGCUAUAAUUAGUAAUCCAAUGGUAGUUUAUUCACUUUACGUUGCUAUGUGGGCAAAAUGUUGAAA